CCUGCAGGAAGCCGGAGCCUCCUCCACGUCCACCGACCGAGCGGCAUCUCCAGUCCUCAGCAGUCCUCAGCAGUCCUCAGCAGCCAGAAGCCCUACAGCAUGACUCCUCGGUUCCUCCUCCUGCUCACCGUGGUCCUCCCGUUUCUCAUCGGCACCUGCCGGAGCUACCCGCUGUGCAAAGACCGGUGCUGCCGUUUCGUGGAGAGCUUCCCCGUCAGGCUCAGGAGGCUCAGGGAGGACUACUCGCGGAUCAGAGACUUCUACGAGGCAAACGAUGACUUCGACUCUGUGCUGCUAGACCAAACCGUCGAGGACUCUUUCAAGAGCCCGUUCGCCUGCCACACCAUGAACAGCAUACUGGACUUUUACCUGAGGACUGUCCUGCCGACGGCCAUGUCCGGAGUCACGGAGGACACGAAGGAGCUCCAGCCGCACGUGGAAUCCAUCCAACAGAUUUUCGACGAGCUCAAGAGUGAUGUCACCAAAUGUAGACACUAUUUCUCCUGCAAGAAGCAUUUUGACAUCAAAGACUUGAACACUACAUACACCCAGAUGGAGAACAGAGGGAUGUUUAAAGCCAUGGGGGAACUGGACCUGCUUUUUAACUACAUAGAGACAUACCUUGCAUCGAAACGGAAAGGAAACCUGGGGAGCUCUGCUUGAGGACCUGCUGACUAACAUCUAUUUACAUCGAAUUAUUUUCUUUUUGACAAAUGCCUGUCAUCCUGUACGAGUUCAACUUGUCUUUCUUGCUGGAAGUCUGGAAUUUGGGUUUUUGUCCUAUGGACAAAUUUAUUUUACAGUGUCGUAUAUUUUAAAGAGCCAUAUAUUUUGUACACAUAAAAUGAAAUGAGA